AUAGGCACUUCUGUUCGAAGGCACGCUGCUUUCUAUACUUCGAGUAACGCUAAUGGCAUCCACGGGAACGGCUCUGUCACUGAGUUCGUCUUCAUUCCUUAGCAAUUGCAGUGUAGGCAACAACACGCCGUUUGGAACUGCAAAGCUUUCACCGAAGACCUUAAAUUUCACCAUUUUUUCUCAAAAGAAAGUAAAAAAAGUGAGAAAGAUAAUACUGAAAGAGGAUGUGCAAGACUUGGGGGAGAAGGGACAGCUCUUGAAAGUGAGAGCAGGUUACUACAGGAAUUACUUGCACCCUAUGGGCAUGGCUCAAAUUGUCACCCCUGAACUUCUAAAAGAAAUGAAGAUUGAACAAGAGAGAAUUGAGGCAGAAAAAAGGCGGGUUAAAGAAGAAGCACAACAACUUGCUCUAACUUUUGAAACUGUUGGAGGCUUUAAAGUAAAACGCAAGAGUGGGAAAGGAAAACAAAUAUUCGGAAGUGUCACUGCCCAAGAUCUUGUGGAUGUAAUUAAGGCACAACUUCAAAGGGAUGUGGACAAAAGAACAGUCUCUCUUCCCGAGAUUCGUGAAACAGGGGAGUAUACUGCUGAAAUCAAGCUUCAUCCAGAAGUAAUAGCGCGAGUUAAAGUGAUUGUGUACGGCAAUUGAACACACAAACUUGCAGGAAUAAUUUACACUAUUUCAUGAUGUUUCUUCUUGAUCCGUUUUGUCAAGAGAGGGAGGACACUGUUACAGGCAACAAAUAUCUGAUCAAGCUGCAUUUACCAGGUCCCAAAUCUGUAAGUACAAUUAUUAUUUUCUCAUUCCAUUUGUUUCAUGGACUCGAUCCUCCUUACAAUUAACGAGAUGCUUUUCCCAAUGUAAUACUAAAACAAUUAACUGCUUGCUAUGAACUGGCAUCAGAUCUUUCCUUGUAUCAAUAUCUUUGUCACAAUCUGUGAUUCUAAAUUAGAUGAAUGGUCCUUCCCAAGUGGAAAAGAAUGGUUUGCAAUAGCCAAGUCAGAUUUGAUGCUGACUCUUUGCUUUUGUCUACUUUGCUGUCUUUCUCAUAGCAAAAAUGAAGAGUCAAAGCCCUUUCUUCUUUGUCA